AUGAACGACGAUCGCUUACGAAGCCUAUCCGAUACUUCAGAUGAAGAUGAAAGCGAAAAUCAAACUGAAAAUGAAAACAAACGACGUCGAUGCGUUUUCAUCUAUGUGGGAAGAAACAGUGAAAAGCUCAAGCAGGGGAAUGACACAGUAACGCAGCACAUGGUCAUAGAUUCUUGUGUCAGCGUCAUUGGCAAAUCUGCCUUUCAAGACUGCCAACGCUUGGUCGAAGUGAUAGCUAUGGAUGGCCUCACAUCCAUUUGCGAGAGUGCUUUUGAAUCCUGUACGGCCCUCAAAAAAAUUCUUGUUCCCGACACUGUCGUUGAAGUUGGAAAUCGAGCAUUUGCAUUGUGUUCCGCUCUCAGAGAUGUGGAAUUUCCCAAGUUCGGUUCUUUAAGUUGCAUUGGCGAAGAAGCCUUUCUACAGUGCUCCAGUCUUCAGUUCUUUCCGGUGCCAUCUUCUGUGGCCUUUAUCAAAGCACGUGCCUUUCAACAGUGCACAGAAUUGGCAAAGGUUUUGUUCGAAGAAGAACUAGAUGGAAUGAACAAGAGCCUUCUAAUCUGCAUUGGUGACGGGGCCUUUGAAGAAUGUGAAAGCCUCGGCGAAGUUUGUCUUUCCGCUAAUGUGAUGCUGUUAGGCAAACGUGCUUUUACAGGUUGUCGAUCGCUCCAAGAUGCUGACUUGUCCAAGACCAAACUAACUGUGAUUGAAGAAAUGACCUUUUCACAUUGUCGAUGGCUCCAAACCGCAAAAAUGCCACCCACUUUGGGGAAAAUUCUAUCAGACGGAUUCGCUUCGUGUCGACAUCUGUCGGAACUUGUAUUGAACGAAGGGUUGAAAGUAAUCGGUCAACAUGCCUUCUGCGAUUGUGACUCCUUGAUCAAAUUCCCUACACCUUCCACCCUUGAAGUCAUCGGACAGGAUGCAUUUUCUGGAUGUGGCGAAUUGAAGGAUAUUCCAGUUUCCCAAAAUUUGAAGUCGCUAGGAGGUUCUGCGUUUUAUCAGUGCCACAAAUUGUCCACAAAGAUGUCGAUUCCUGCGGCCGCAAGCAUCGAAGGUGGAACAUUUUUCAACUGUUACUCGCUUGUGGAGCUACAGCUAGCGAUUGGCCUACAAAGAAUUGAAGACGACGCUCUACGAAACUGCACAGGCUUGAUGGGAGUAUCACUCCCAAUGACUGUGAAAAAGAUUGGAAGCUCGUCGUUCUCAGGCUGCAUAUCGCUUCUUGUGGUCGAAAUGUCAAAGCAUUGCUCAGAAUGGAUGGAGUGGGGAGACCAUGCGUUCUUUGGCUGUGAUUCGUUGAUGAACAUCUCCAUUCGGUCUAGCGAAGGAAGCGGAACCAAGAACCCUCUUUAUGCCAAUAACAAGAACGAGGGCGACUUCUUUGAUGGGUGUGAAGAAAAGGACCAACUUUUUGACAACGUUGCUGAAUCGUUGCUAAAUAGAUACUCGAAUCUUCCCGUGCACGAAGCCUGCUACCAUGAUUCCGAGACAAUGGGCGAUGAACUGACUCAGAAGAUUCUCGAUCUACAAGCUUCUGGAGAAAAGGAGGAACUGGUCGAUAGAUUCGGCCUGACCCCGUUCCAUGUCUUUGCCACUUCCGCAAACCUUCGCGAAGAUCUGCUUACUGUACUCUUGGAUCACUACCCUAUUGAAUUGUUGUUUCAGAAGGAUAAGCAGAACAAUACCAUGAUGGAUUACUUGUUGAUCGAUCAGAGAUGCACCAAGUCCAUCCCAUUGAUCAAGAUGAUUUUGAAUCGGAUCAAGGCAUACCUUUCAAGUGUGGGUUUGGAGAAGAAGUGGGAAAUGAAACGCUGCCACAAGAUACUCUCAGAGGAUGGCUGGGCUGACAGCUACUUCGACCGGCUUGCGGCAAUGCAAGAGCUUCGAGAGGUGGUGGAGUAUGUUACACGCAUCGAGGUGACUUCGAUUUUGGAACUUGCGCUAUGGAAGAGGAUGUCACAAUGCCACUCUGUCAAGUCUGUCGGUCGUGUCAAAUGUGGAGCCAAUGUAGUGAUUCCCAAUGUCAUGGCAUAUGGAUCGACUGAAGGGCCAGUCGAGAGGGAUCCAUUCAGAGAACCUGACUGGUAG